AAAUAAUUUCCUAUUCAAAUUUAAAUAAAAUAACUAUACAUUAAUGCCAUGCCUUAGAGAAAAGGAUCUAAUAAAUAAAAGGAAAAGUCAAAAUAAAAAGAUUAAAAUAAAUAGACUUGGAGUUUAUUUUUGCAAAAAGGAGGUUUUAGAUUUCAAUCUCAUCUUGAUAUCACUUAAUCCAUUUUAGCUACAAGCCAUGCCAUUAAUGAAAAUUAAAGUAAAAUACGGCACUGCCAAUAAAAUUGUCAACAUAGAACGUACUUUACCUAAUUUAUAUGAAGUGUUCAUCAAAGAAAUUGAACAAAAAUAUUCAGGUGCUAAGUUCCAAAUAAUAUACAAAGGUGAUGGUACUUCUUUUAAAAUAGUUGAUACCAAAUCUCUUACUGAUGCUAUUGAACAUUGUAUUGAACACAAACAACCAUUUUUACAACUUGAAGGUCAAGAUGAAGUAAAAGAAACUCCAAAGCCAGCCGCUCAACCACAAAAGGAGGUUGCAAAACCAACAACAUCAACUCCAGCAAAACAACCAACUACACCAGCUAAAACACCAGCUACUGUUGCUCCCUCUACUCCAAGUAAAACAGAACCUACUCCAGCUUCCCCAUCAAAACCAAAAUUCUGUACCAACUGUGGUGCUAAAUUAAGUGGAGGUAAAUUCUGUUCUGAGUGUGGUGCUCCAACUGGUGAAAGUGCAGCCUCACAUGAACCAACUACUCAACAUAGACCAACUACACCACCACCAUCAGCACUUGACGAAGACAUUAUUAAAUGUGGAAAAUGUGGUAAGCCAGUUGAAGGAGGAGUUAAGGCUCUUGGAAGAUAUUGGCACACUGAUUGUUUUACUUGUUCUGUUUGUGGAGAGAAAUUUGGUGGUAAUAGAAAAUUAAUGGAACAUGAUGGAAAACCAAUUUGUUCAAUUUGCUAUGAAGAAACAUGUGUCCCAAGAUGCUUCAAAUGCGGUAAGCCACUUGAUGGUAAAUACCUUGUUGUUGAUGACCAUAAUUACCAUCCAAAUUGUUUCGUUUGUACUCGAUGUGGAAAACCAUUUAAUGGUUCUUAUAUGUUAAUUAAUGGUCAACCAGUUUGCAAGAAAUGUGUUUAAUUAACAUUUUACAUUUCUUCGUUUUUAUUUUUAUUUCAAAUAGUAUUUCUUUAUUUUUAAUUAAGUUGGUACAAAAAAUAUCCUACUAUAACUUCACUUAGUGUUAUUGUUUGAAAGAAAAUGAAGAAUAAAUUAAUAUAAAAAAAUGAAUAGAAUAAUAAAGAAACGAAGAACUUUAAAAUAGUUAAAGUAUAUAAGUAUUUAAUAGAUAAUACAGUUAAUUGAGUU